CCUCGGAUCAAUCCCAAAUGAAGCCCUCCACUCCAGUAUUUAGACUGAUCUUGGUAGAAAGAGCCCAAAGCUGUUGUCUGGAAGGUUGCCAAGAUGAGGACAAUCCUGUGUUUGUUGAUAGUUAUGGCAGUGGUCUGUUUGGGAGUAGUGGGUGGUCACAAACGGAACGGAAGUGACGACCAACAAGGUCAUGAGCAUGGCCGUGGUCACUGGCGAGACCGUGGUCGUGGUUGCGGGCGAGACGAUGACCAGGAGGAAGGGAAUGACCAAGACCGUGGUCAUGGACGCGACCAUGACCGUGGUCACGGACGCGACCACGACCGUGGUCAUGGACGUGAACACGACCGUGGUCAUGGACGUGAACACGACCGCGGUCACGGACAUGACCACGAACAUGGUCACGGACGCAAACACGACCAUGGUCACAGACGUGAACAUGGCCGUCAUCACUGUGAAAACGUUACUAAAUCAGUUAUCCAAGGAAAUGCAGACUUUGCUUUCAGGCUGUACAAACAGCUGGUUGCUCUUCCCACCAACCAGAACAAGAACAUAUUCUUCUCCCCGCUGAGUGUGUCUCUGGCCCUGGCAGCUCUAUCUGUCGGGGCCAAGGGUCAGACCCACGAGCAGCUCUUCACUGGUCUGGGCUUCAACAGCAGCCAGUGGGACCAAGAACAGAUAGGCGAGGUAUUUCAGACCAUCCUCACACAGCUUAACCAGAAGACUGGAGUGGAUCUGUCAGUAGGAACUGCACUUUUCCUUCGCAACACAUUGAAACCGCAUCCUGAGUUCCUCGACACCAUGAAACGCUUCUACCUCUCUGAGGGUUUCACUGUUGACUUUACCGACACUGCCAAGGCCAUUGAUACAAUUAAUACCUAUGUGAAGGACAAGACGCGAGGCAAGAUAGACGAGUUAGUCAAAGAUCUGGACCCAGCCACUGUCAUGUACCUCCUCAGCUACAUCUACUUUAAAGGAAAAUGGGAGAUUCCAUUUGACCCCGAAGACACCACGGCAAAACCUUUCCAUAUCAAUGACAACACCACUGUUCCGGUUCAGAUGAUGACCCUGAAGAAGAAGUUCUGGGUCUAUGAGGACAGGGAGACCUCCACCAGUGUUUUGCAUCUCCACUACAAUGACUCAGUGUCCAUGAUGCUGGUGUUACCAAAAAAUGGACUUGCUAAUCUGGAGGAGGUCAUAUGCCAAAACCACAUCAUGAAGUGGCAGAAGUGGAUGAGGAGCAGGGUAUACGAGGUAUAUGUUCCUAAGCUGUCCAUCACCACAAAAUACUCCCUCAAGGACGUCCUGAGUGAAAUGGGAAUGCCAGAUAUAUUCACUGAUAGAGCUAACUUCAGUGGAAUAUCUGAGGAAUUAAAAGUGGGAGUCUCAGAGGUGGUGCAUCAGGCCACGCUGGAUGUGGAUGAGGCUGGGGCAACUGCAGCAGCAGCCACAGGUGUGGUCAUCAUGCCUCUGUCCAUGCACAUCACCCCCGUGUUGAAUUUCAACCGUCCGUUUAUGGUCAUUGUCGUAGAUCGGGAGACCAAGGGCAUUCUAUUUAUGGGCAAGGUCAUCAACCCAUCCAACAAAUGAACAUUGUUGCGCUAAUUGAACUGUGAACAUAUGUUUUGUCUGUGCGGUUGUGUCUGAAAAUCAGUGAACAAACACAUCCAGUGCAAAAACCCUUUAUGUUCACUUUGCUUGAUAUGUUUACGAUUAAUAUAUGCAUAUCAUGUUCUGAUGCCUUUUUUCUAGGUGUUAUUCACCAUGUUACAGAAUGUUUGUUGGAUGUUGCUUCUCUUUUCCUGGUUGAAAGGUUGUUGUUGUCAGGACAGUUUGGUUUACAAAAAACAAAUAUUCUUCACACACCCAGGGUGCCCUUUAAAGGCUGAAACAGAGAAGUAUCUAGUAAGCUGCUAUGUUUUACCUCUCAAGAAUCCUGCAAAUUUAGGAAGACCACAAUAGCCUGUGUACAUGGUGGAGACUGACAAAUAUCAUGGCCACAAGCCCAAACCUUAGAUUUCAGGCUGUCCAAUAGUUAUAUGAGGGGCUGGUUUUUAAGCUCCACAAACACUAAAAUUAUUUUGAAUGAGA